AUGUCAUCUUCACAUCAUUUUACUGAAUCACCAACAUUUGAAUAUAGCAUACCGUUGAAUAAACGAAUUGAUAUACCUAUUCGUUCUUUAUCAAAUUCUUCUAACUAUCAAUUAGAUGAGCAACACACUCAAAAUCGAAUUCAUUCUAAAGAUACAACACUACAAUGGAUUAAUGAUCCGACAACCGGUAAUGAAAAAUUUCGUAUAAAAAUUAAUAUUGAAGGAUUUAAUCAAAAUGAAGUUCGUAUUCGUGUUGAUGGAAAUAAACUUAUUGUAUAUGGUGAACGUAUUGAAAACAAAAGUCAAGGCAUAUCAAAAAAAUUAAUUGAAAAAUUUUAUGAAUUACCUCCUGAUGUUGAUACAUUCAGUUCACAAGUUACUUUUCCAUCACCAGUAAUAAUGCAAGUCGAUUUUUCAUCAAAAUAUUCACCAACUCGAUUUGUUCGAUCAAGUCGAUAUUCAUCACCACAACAAUUCAAUGAUAGUAACGCAUUUUCAAAUGCCUAUAUUCAUUCUUCUUAUGGCAAACUACCUCAUGAAAUUCGAAAUAGUAUUACUAGUCAUACUUAUCGAAUUCCAAUACGUCAAUUAUCUAAUAAUUCGAUAGAUUCAUCACGAUUUCCUGCACGUUCAAUUAGUCCAACGUAUCAAUUUCGUCAAUCAAUUAAUGAACCUCAAAUAAACAAAAAUAAUGCUACAUAUCAACAAACUGUUACAGAAACACAUCGUGAAACACAUCGUCAACGAUCAAGUCCAACAACAGGAAUUCAAUCAUCAUAUGAAAGUGAACAUCAACGUUCAGGUAGUCCACUAUUAUACAAUACUAAUGAAGAUCAUUUUCAAUCAAAUAUUAAUUCUAAUCGUCAGAGUAUGACACCAUCAUUGUCAUUAGAUACUAGUAGUAGUAAUAACAAUAAUGAAUCGUCAGUUUUUCCUCGAGAUUUUAAUUCCGAUGUUUUUUAUCAAAGUGUAUUUCAACCACAAAUAUUUACUGAUGAUCGUAAUCGACGAUAUAUAGAAAUGAAACUUGAUAUGUAUGAUUAUAAUCCAGAUAAAAUUCGAGUAUCUAUUAAUGAUAAUGAUCUUACUGUUCAAGUUGAACAAACGAAUUUUUAUAGACAAAUAACAUUACCAUCAAAUAUAGAUCUAUCAAGUUUAUCAGUACAUUAUCAUUAUGAUAGAAAACUUUAUAUAACAAUUAAAUUACUUGAUGAAUAUUCUUCUUUUAAAUAUAUUUAA